ACAUGGAUGACUGUAAUAAAUGCACAGAUGAAGAAUAUCCAAACAAGAACCAGAAUCUGUGCAUACCAAAGGAUAUAAGUUUCUUAUCUUAUGGAGAACCUUUGGGCAUCAGUUUAGCUUGUUUUGCUCUUUACUUUUCUUUGAUCACCGCUCUGGUGCUGGGAACAUUUAUGAAGCACCACAACACGGCCCUUGUCAAAGCCAACAACCGAGACCUCACCUACACUCUCCUCAUCUCACUCCUACUCUGCUUCCUUUGUGUGUUUCUAUUUAUAGGCCAACGUAAUAUGGUGACAUGUCUCCUCCGACAAACGGCUUUUGGCAUCAUCUUCUCAGUAGCUGUUUCUUGUGUGUUGGCAAAAACUAUCACAGUGGUUUUGGCUUUUAUGGCCACCAAACCAGGAUCUAGGAUGAGGAUGUGGGUGGGGAAGAGACUGACCAAUUCCAUUGUGGUUUCCUGCUCCCUUGUACAAGCAGGUGUCUGUGCUGCCUGGUUGGGAUCCUCACCCCCAUUCCCCGAUGCUGAUGUGCACUCAGUGACUAAAGAAGUUGUACUGGAAUGUAAUGAGGGAUCUGUGACUAUGUUUUACUGUGUCCUGGGCUACAUGGGCUUCCUGGCUCUUGUCAGCUUCACUGUGGCCUUUUUUGCCAGGAGGUUACCUGACAGUUUCAAUGAAGCAAAAUUCAUCACUUUCAGUAUGCUGGUCUUUUGCAGUGUUUGGCUAUCUUUUGUCCCAACCUACCUUAGUACCAAGGGAAAAUACAUGGUAGCUGUGGAGAUCUUCUCUAUCUUAGCCUCUGGUGCUGGUCUGUUGUGCUGCAUCUUUGCUCCCAAAUGCUACAUUAUUUUGUUGCGACCUGAGCUGAACAGCAGAGAGCAUCUAGUAAGAAGUAAGGUCUGA